AUGGACACGUGGAGAUUUUUAUGUUCGGAGGAAAUUGAAGAAACUCUCAAGAGGUUCCAAUCUAGUAGAAUAUCACUAUCAAUCUUCAGAUAUAUUGAAAGUGGGAGAGAAAUGGCUUCAACCUCUGCCCCAUUGGUUAAUGGAUUGGGAUCUACAUUCUUGACUGGUGGCAACAAGAGCCAGGCCCUGUUGUCUGCCUCAGUCACGGUCAGAGUAGGCGGUGCUGUCGCACCCAAGAGGUUCGUUGUGGUGGCUGCCGCUCCUAAGAAGUCAUGGAUCCCUGCUGUCAAAAGUGGUUGA